GUUAUCAGGGAUAACUAACAGUCGGCUUGAACAAGUAGGAUUUGUUCUCUUAAAAGGUUAUGAUGGCGUGGACGGCAAUCUUAUUAACGCUGUCCAUUACAGCGGCAGUGUCAAGGUCUCAACCUGUACAGAUCACCGGAACGACGUCGGCACUCAUGUACUUAACGAAAUUCGGCUACAUGGAUCCAGCAUCGACGAAUCCCAAUUCAGGCGCUCUGCUCUCCGCGGAAUCUGUGCACAAAUCCAUCAUGGAAUUCCAGGCGUUCGCUGGCUUGAACCAGACGGGCCAACUGGAUGAUGCGACAAUCCAGAUGAUGAAUACGCCCCGUUGUGGUGUCAAGGACAAAGUCGGUUACGGUUCCGAAGCCCGAAAGAAGCGCUAUGCCCUGGAGGAAUACAGAUGGUCUUCGACCUACCUCACGUACAGAAUCACAAAGUACCCUACGGCUCUUUACAAGGCAGAUGUGGACAGAGGAAUUGCUGCAGCUUUCAAGGUGUGGGAAGACGCCACCAACCUCAAGUUCACAGCUGUGAACGGCGGCCAUGCCACCAUCGAAAUCCGCUUCGAAAGAUACGAGCACGGACACGGAGAUUCGUUCGAUGGACCAGGGGGCACCCUCGCCCAUGCCUACCCUCCAGCCGGCGGUGGUGACAUUCAUUUCGACGAUACUGAAGAGUGGACCAUUUAUAGCUACAAGGGUACCAAUCUUUUACAAGUAGCAGUCCACGAAAUCGGUCACUCCCUUGGAUUGUCUCACUCCACAGUCAAAUCUGCUGUCAUGUUUCCAUACUACAAACACGAUCAGCGGAAAGUCAAGCUUGAUCAAGAUGAUGUAUUGGGUAUUCAGGCUUUGUACGGAUAAAAAUCAACAGGAUCAACUCAACAAUGCAGUACACUGUGGUGUUUCAUAAAUAGUCUUCAGUUGAAUGGAUGGCAAAACCACAUCAUAAUUCUGGACUGAAAAAACGAGUUUGUUUUCAUCUCAUCAAGAUGUUAAGUUAACCACACAAAGUUGAGGUUAUCUAUGACCGAGUGUGGCGGCGCAGCGUUGCCAGAGAUGGGGAUUUAUUCCUAUUUUUAGGGAUUGUGGGUUGCUAAUUGGGUUAUGGGGAUCUAAUGUCAAUUUAGACUCAAAUCUAGGGAUUAAUUGUCCCUAAUGCUCGAGUAUCUUAAUUUUAAGCCUAAGCCAAAAGAAGACAAAUCUGUUUGUAAAAAAGUAAAUAAUUCAAGAUUUCCAAACAGUUACUUCAAGUAAGAGUUGUCGACGAGUAGACAGAAAAUUCCCAAAUACAAUAAAAAUAGAGAGGCGUUACCAUGAAUCAGAAAUGCCACCAGAGGAAUUUUGGAAUCAUAUCACAAAAAUGGAAAAAGGUGAUGAUAGAAAGAGUUUUCUGUUUUAACCAAUUUUCUAUUCUCCAUAUUAAGCCUCCCUCAUUCAAGAGCUACAGCAGAAGGAAUAUUUUCUGCUGUUAAUAUAAUGAAAACGAAAACAGAGGAACAGGUUGUCAUCACAAACUGUAUGUGACUGGCUUUAUUCUAAGUGAUAUUUAAAAGACAACACUUGCUUUAAUUUCCAUUUGAUAAGAUAAUGAUUAGUAAAAUGAAUUCCAGCCUAGAAGUUGAUGGGGAAAAUUAUUCUGAUUAAACGACAUAUUUUCAUAUUGUUAACGAUUUUCAUAUUCAUUACAGUGUUAUUGUAACUUACGAAAGCAAAAUGACAGGCUUUCUCUAGUAUACUCAAAGAAUUGUGUUAAUUUGUAAGUUUUUUCUAAUCUAAUGUAUACUUUAUUUUGUUCCAAUGAAAAUGUAAAUUAGUUUUAGUUUUUCAUAAUAUUGUAAAU